GAGAGAGAGAAUGUGUAUAUAUAUGAUGCAUUGCUUCUCAUCUUUCCCAAUAUAACCAUCAAUAUAUUUCUCGUUAAACUCGCUCCACAUGGAGAGCUCGGCAACAGAAUUCAGCACUUCACUCCACCUCUCUGAAGUUUACAAAUUUGCCUCAGAAGAUACAGCAGAAUCAUUGGAAUUCUUUUGUAACUUCUGGAGAAAUGAAGGCGCAGUACCAAUUCACCAACGCGGCGACACAAUCCUCCACCUUCUGGCCAUCAAAGGGAAUGUGGCUGCCUUGGGAAACCUACUUCUGGCAGACCACCUCCUCGACGAAAUGCUCCUGAUAAAGAAUGCCAGCGGCAACACUGCGCUGCAUGAAGCUGCGAGGUCUGGUCAGAAGGUUGUGGCGGAGAUCAUGGUCACGAAGAAGCCAGAUUUAGUUUUCCAGCGGAAUGAUUUGAACGAGACGCCUCUUUACCUUGCUGCUGCGUUUGGAAAGAUUGAAGUAUUCACACUUCUGGAAAGCUACAAUAGCGAUUGCAGGAUAAGGAGGCAUGAUGGCUUCACCAUUCUUCAUGCUGCCAUUGAGGGAGAACGUUACAGUUUGGCUAUUCGCAUCUUGGAAUCGUACCCUGAUCUUGCUGACAAACAUGAUGAAAACGGUAUGACUGCUUUGAAUUUGUUGGCCACAAUGCCAUCUUCUUUCAAAAGCAAGUCAUCAUAUGUGUUGCAGGAUCUGAACAGGAAACCCUUCAUUCCUUUGCAGAUGCUUGAAGUUGUGGUCUACAAGUGUAUUAAAACAAGGAUUGACGACAAAGUUUCGGAGUCACAUGUGGCUGGUAAUGUAGAGGAUCCAGCAGCUGAUAACAAAGCUCGUAUCUCAAAAGUAGAAAUGCCAUUUUUCAUCAGAGUUAUCAUAGGUCACUGGUUUUUCGGAAAAAUUUACAAUGCAAAGCAAAAGCACGAAUUUGUGGAUAAACUGGCACAUAAAUUGAUAGAAAAGGAAGAUUGGAGCCAUUACAUUAAGUACGAAAGUAUAGAUCCCGAAGUGAGCUCAUUUGGGAUUUCGUCAAGGAAGAAGAAUAAGGUACCCGACCCGCUCAUACAAGCAACAAGGUUCGGAAUUCUAGAGUUGGUAAUGGCAAUCCUCAAAAAAUAUCCCCAGGCUGCAUACUCCAUCGACGAUAAUGGAAGGAAUAUAUUGCAUAUAACGGUGGAGCAGAAACAUAGAUUUGUUUAUGAAUACUUGAUGCGUUCGUUAGAUUAUAAAGAUAGGAUGUUGGCAGAUAUUGAUAACAGAGGGAACAGCAUCUUGCACCUCGCAUCGUGUGUCCAAAAUCCUGCUACUUCUCAUCCUAGAAUCACAGACGUUGCUAGUCAAUGCAGAGUCAAUAAUGAUUUCAGAAAGAAGCGGGGAAGUGUCCCAUUGAUACACCAGAUGAGUUGGGAUGUGCUUUGGUUCAAGCAAGUAGAGCAUGACACUUACCCACACUUAAGGCAUGUUCGAAACAUGGAUGGAAUGACAGCAGAGGAACUAUUUGAAGAAAAUUACUCAUCUGUUCGAGAAGAAGCAGAGAAAGCAGCAAAGGAGGCGAGUGGUAACCUCAUAAUCGUCACCAUCCUCAUCGCAACACUUAACUUCGCAGCACUUUUCACCGUCCCCGGUGGCUUCAAUCAGGAUACCGGGGACCCCAUGCUCCUCUCUAAUCAUCGACAGGAAAUGCAGUUCUUCAUGGCUUACGUAGGGUUAUCUCUGUCAUUCGCCUUGUUCUCCUUGGCAAACAUCCUGCUAAUCCAACUAUCGCGAUUCGACACCAAUGAUUUUCACAUUUCAAUUCCAACAAAAUUCAUAUUUUCCUCCCUCGCCCUUAUGUACUCCGCCGGCUUGUCCGGCACCGCAUAUUGCCAAGGCUAUAUACUUGAGGGCCAGCCAGAAACCUUCUUAGCCACCGUUACGAUUUUCUGCUUGUUCGUUGGGUGGUAUGUGUUGGCCCUCUUAAUGGUAGACACCACGGCCUCAGUUUUCGAUUACAUGUACUAUGCACUUCUCCAUUUGAUUGCUUAUAAAAGUAGGGGCAUAUAGAAUUUGAUUAUUGAGAUUUGUAUUGUAUAAUAUAAUCUUUGUACUCAAGAGAAUUACAACAAAUGAAUUAAG